AUGAAAGGCUCCCCAGAUCGACAAUGGCCUCUUCUUUCCUUUCUUUCUUUUUUUAUUCUUCGCUUUUCUCUUUUUCUUUCUUUUUCAUUUUAUUUAUUUUCAUUUAUUUUAAUUUUAUUUUCUUUCGAUAUUUCUUCCUGUUGUCUUUCUUCCUUUAAUUCCUGUUUUUGUAUUCUCAAUUGCAUUUUAAAUAUUAUUUUAUUCAUUUUCAUUCCCUUCCUAUUUUCGUUUUUUUUCUUUCUAUCUUUUCUUUUUAUACGUUUUCAGGCAUCUUUCGUUUCUUUCUUUUUUAUUCUUCGCAUUUCUCUUUUUCUUAAUUCCUUUUUUUUCAUUUUAUUUAUUUUCAUUUAUUUUAAUUUUGUUCUUUUCUUCAUUAGUUUUUUUGCAUAUAUUCAUUUUUUUCCUAUUUUUUUUUAUUUAAAUUUUCUUUCGAUAUUUUAUCCUGUUGUCUUUGUUCCUUCAAUUCCUGUUUUUGUAUUUUCCCUUAUAUUUUUUUUCUAUUUCUUUUCAUUCCCUUCCUUUUUCGUUUAUUUUUUUCUCUCUAUCUUUUCUUUUUAUACGUUUUCAGGAUUCUUUCUUUAG